CAUACACUCUUAGUUGCAACUUGAUCAUCAAGACAGAAGAACAUCUCUGGUGUGUAGCACAGUGCUCAGUGGAUGAAAUACCUUUCCUUCAGUUUGAUAUCAAAAACAAGGCCACACCUUUAGGUAACCUGGGGAAGAUGGCAAAUGCCACUAAAGUGCGGUCAUGUUUGACAGAACAUCUGGAAAAUUUGUGCCAGGAGUUAAGGAACAAGGUGGAGAAGAGUCUUGGUUACCCCACUUUACAGGCCACCAUGCUUUCUCAGCACAGCUAUGGACAACUCCUUAGUGCCUGCUGGCUAUUCAACAUUAAUGAAAAGUACUUCUUCACCCUGGACACUGUGACUAUGAGCUGGAGACCGACUAAUGCUGUGUCAGGGGAUAUCAUGAAUAAAUGGAAAGGUGAUAAGGAUUUAAUGAAACAUCUGAAUUUCUCCAUAGCAGAAGGCAGUCAGAAACUCAAUGAAUUCUUCAAGCAGCACAAGGAAAAGCCAAGGUCAACACCAAGGUCCCCUGAUAUCACCCAGGUUACAUCACCCACCCAGCUUCCACCUACAGGGCACGUUCCUUAUAAGGAAGUAUAUAUCACUGUGGGACUCAUCAUAUUCUUUAUUAUCUGCAUUUACCAAUGUGUCAGGAGGAAAUGUUGUACCCAAGGAGACAGAAAUCUUCAGCUGCUCAGGGCCUGUUGCAUCGACUGCCACAAACCACAGAGGAAAGAUGGGCCAAAGGAGACAAGAGGAGAGGUUCCCAACCAGACCACCAAGAUGUUGUCCCAGGAGGAAGAGCCCAAGGCGUGCAGAAGCCAGAGGAGGGCAUCAGAUCCUGUGGAACUGGAGUUACGGAUGGUUCCAGUACUAGGAGCUGAACCCAGGACCUUCCCAAGAACAGCAAGUGCUCUUUACUACUGAGCCAUCUCUCCAACCUUGUAACACAUUUCUUAAUAAGAGAAUAUGUCCUAAUAUUAUUAAACCCAUGGCAAGUCCUACAGAAAA